AUGGAGGGAAGCAGACCAGAAACUUCUGCAGCCAAAGCGAGUGAGGAAAUAAUUUAUACUUCUGUCAAAUUCUCUCAGAGACCUCUACCAAGAGCCAAAGCUGGACAGGAAAGGAGAGCUCGCUGUCUGAGGCCAGCCACUGUGUCAGACUUGGUUGUAGGCUUUGGGAUACUGAGCAUCAUCCUAGCAAUUGCUUUGAUGUGGAAGAUGAGUGACUCCCACCCACACUGUCCUGAGCAGUGGGUAGCCUACAGAGGGAGCUGCUACUCCUUCUCCCAGGAGAAAAAGGACUGGCAUUCCAGCCAGGAAUCCUGCCGAGCACAGGGAGCUCAUCUCCUGGUGAUCAGUGAUACUAGUGAAAUGGACUUGUUCAAGAGUUUCCAAGCAUGCUCUUUCUGGAUUGGACUGAGGAACAGUACGGGAUCUGGCUGGGUUUGGGAAGAUGGCUCUAUAUCCAGUGGCAUCAAGGUCUUCUAUAACAGCCCUGUGCAACACUGUGUGGUCCUCAUGGCAGAUGGCUUCCACGCCUCCAGCUGUGAAUUCCAUGCUCCAUGGAUCUGUGAGAAAUCUCUCAGAUAAAUCCCAUGUGCAUUUCCAUACUGUAACUAUCUCAUAAGUGGUAAAAGUAAAUCAUUGCCCUGCAAACCAAAGCUCUACACACGAUCAAGGACUCACCCUUUCCACACCCUCACAAGGGGGCUUUGCAGGGAUGGGCUUGUUGCCCAUAAGGGUGAGUUUUCCUCUUUGGUCAUUCCCAGUCCACAUGUGCUAGAUUACUGCUAUUUGUGACCAGAUGAGACCUGGGACAUAUUGCCUAAGUCUUUGCCUUAUUUAUUCUAUAUGGGCAAA